AUGACCACUGUCCCCUGGAAAAGACUCAUCAGAUUCGUCAACAACGGCAAGAUCUACCUCGGCGAGCCCGUGUUGGCGUCAGAAGUCGAUGUCGCUAAGGCCCACGCUCAAGGUGGCCUCAAGGCCAGAGUGAUCCAGGGCCUGGUGUUCGACGGUAAGGUCACCGACGAAGAAUUGGCCGUCGACGAAUUGCUUGGCCCGUUGACUGCUGCCGAUGUCCCCCUCAUCAAGUGUGUGGGCCUCAACUACAUGAAGCACAUCAAGGAAGGCGGCCGCACCCCGCCCCCCUACCCGCUGAUCUUCUACAAGCCCUCGACCUGUGUUGCUGACCACCUGCGUCCCGUGCCCAUCCCAAAAUUGGCUCAAGAAAACCAGUUGGACUACGAGGGCGAGCUCUGUGUCGUUAUCGGCAAGACCGGCAAGAACAUCCGCGAAGAAGAUGCCCUCAGCUACGUGCUUGGCUACACUCUGGGCAACGACGUGCUGGCGAGAACCUGGCAACGCGACCCUAAGUACGCUGGUGGCGUGCCCCAAUGGUGCUUCCUGAAGUCGUUCGACAAGUACGCUCCCCUCGGCCCUCAGUUGGUGUCGUCGGAAGUGAUCCCCGACCCCUCUAAGCUCCACCUCCAGACCAGAGUCAACGGCGAAGUGAGACAGGACACCCCCACCGACGACUUGUUGUUCAACGUGCCCAAGAUCAUCUCGUUCAUCUCCCAAGGGACCACCCUUGAGAAGGGGACGGUGAUCAUGACCGGUACCCCGCUGGGGGUGGCGAUGGGGAUGCCCACGCCCAAGUACUUGAACGACGGCGACGUCGUCGAGGUCGAGAUCUCCGAGAUCGGCACCUUGAGCAACACGAUGAAGUUCGAAUAG